AUGGUGGUGGACAGGUCGAUGCUGUUCAAGGGCCAGGUGAAGAAAGCGGCAGCCAGAGCAGCGGAGAUCGGGAACCAGCUGGCGAGGAUCAUGCCGAACAUGGGCGGGCCCCGAGAGGACCGACGGCAGCUCUUGUCGUCGGUGGUGCACUCUGUACUCCAGUACGGUGCCCCUAGCUGGGAUCAUAAGCUGGAGAUUGUUCCAGUGAACGUUCGGACCCUGAACAGAGCUCAAAGGAGAGUUCUUCUCCGGUGUGCCUGCGCGUACCGCACCGUCUCCGAGACGGCCACAAACGUGAUCGCGUCAACGCUGCCGGCAGACCUCCUGGCGAAGGAGAGAGAGGCGGUGUUCGACCGGAGACGGGCCCCCGUGGCACCCACGGCAGGCAACGAUCCGAGAACCAACACCAUGGAGGCAUGGCAUGAGAGAUGGUCCUAA